CUGCUGAUAGAGCAGUGCUGCAGCCAUGCAUGGGGACACAAGCUUUCUUCAAUGUCUCCAAAUGAUUGCAGUAUUGUGGAGGGGGGUCCAGGCUGCAUCGCCUGUCCCCUCAGUCCCUGACCGUGUCCAGGGUGUGGUGGGCUCCUGCAUGGUGAUUCCUUGCUCUUUCACGCCUUUAGCCUCUCAUCCCAUCAGGAGAUUGAAGGAGAGGGUGGAUGUGCGGCUCAGGUUCAAAGGUGCAGGGUCCGUAUUUACUCUCAGGCGCACCGCUUUCAACAGUGAGAGCAAAGAACAAGUGAGCAGGGAUUUCCUGGGCCGAACAUUGCUCUUUGGCCAAAUGUCAGAUGGAGACUGCUCAGUGAAGAUAGAACAGCUGAGAGCUGGUGAUCCAAACAUGUUUGAACUGGCUCUGAAGAAAGCCAGUGACACCCUCUGGGGGACGUCAAGGAGUGUAAAUGUCGACAUCAUUGACAACCCUGAGCCUCCUGUCAUCAGCGGUGUGUUGACAGCUAAAGAAGGAGAGUUGGUCUCUCUUAACUGCUCCGUCAGCUACCACUGUCCUUCCAGACCUCCGACCCUUCAGUGGAAGUGGGAGCAAGGAACUCAGCUGAACAGCACCAAGCUAGGAGAGGUGCAAACCCUCAACCCGGGUCCCAACAGGUGGACGCUGCUGGCCUCUCUGUCUUUCAUUGCCUCAUACCAAGUGAAACCCAGACUCUCGUGUGCAGUGAAAUAUCCAGAAUUCAAAACGUUAUCCACGGUGAAGGACAUGCAUGUGACAUUUCCACCGAAGGACGUGAAGGUGGAGGUUCAGACUUUGACUGUCCAGCUGGGUGGCAACGCCUUGCUUCUUUGCUCAUGCAAAGCUGACCCUCCCGUGACAGAGUAUCACUGGUCCUAUACUCAACAAGGCCGGACCGUGCACCUCCACCACCGAUCGCACACACUGCGAGUGUUCAAUGUGACCAAAGACAUGAGAGUCCGCUGCUCAGCCAAGAACACCAUUGGUCGAGGAGAAUCACAGCCCACAUCCCUUAAUAUACAAUAUAAGCCAUCCAUCCAUCGUCUCUCCUCUACCUGUGUUGUGGCGGAAUCUGAUGUGCAUUGUCGCUGCUCGGUCGACUCCAACCCUAAAGCAGCUGUCACCUGGAGCGUUAACGGGACCGCUCCUCCUCAUGAUUACAACGUGUCAGUAACAUCAGAGCCAGACAUGCUCACAGCCUCUCUGAGUGGCUACAUGGCCGAACCACUGAGUGUAAUUUGUUUUGCCUUUAACGCACUUGGAAAUGACUCCCUGCUUUUGCUGCAGGAGGAAGAAACUGUAUCUGUGGUCUGGAUCAUUUUACCUGCUGUGGUCUGCGCCCUGUUCGUAUGCAUUCUGUCCCUGCUUGUCUGCUGCUACCGGAGAAGAGUUAAAAGACAAAUCCUGAGCAGACAUCAAGCUGUGUACCCUGAAGGAUUGGGAAUUUACCAGAACAGGAUGCCACUCUACAUUAACUGCACUGAAGUGACUCAUGUUUACACCAAUGGGAGCUACCAACUUGUGUACCAGAACUCCACACCUGCUUUUGUCCAUACAAAGCAGAUCCGUCCAAUAGGUCGCAGAGGUUGUGAGAAGAGAAGAGGUAGAGAGUUUGGAGGGAGAGAUAGAGGGGCUGGAGUGGAACGAAGGCCUACAAGAGAGAUCAUAGACACUUCUUCCGCUGAUCCAGAGACAGCCAUCUAUGUGGAGAUCCUAUGAGUUUGUUAACAAAAAGCAAAUGGAAUUGAUGCUUUACUCUUUGGGACAAUCUUGCUCAUGAAACUCCCUGUCGACAGUGCUCAUUUGAACCUAUAGGCUACUAUGUUUAAUCUUCCUAUUGACCUAUUUCUUUGAGUGAGUUGUUUUGUUUGACCGACACUAACUGUAAUCAACGAGAUUUACCAUCUUAUCUGCAAAAUUCAUGAAAAGAUAAGCAAAGGUCAUCAGAUCUGAUAUUGUCUGACAAAUCAGUGAUUUAAAUCUUUAUAUAAGCGGCUGCAUCAUGGUGCAAAUUGAUCCAUCAGUGCUGUACUUUCCCCUGGAAACUUUUUGUGGUUCUUGUGGCCGUUAUUCAUUAGUCGCUUGGCACAAAGAAGGACAGAAGGAAAUAACUUGAAGUAAAUGGCUCAUGGUUGGGACUAAAACUCAGGACAGCUGCGUCCAGCACUGUGGCCUCCAGAAAUGAUGGGCCCACUUCAGCGCUGAGUCACGUCGGGCCCAAAUAAUUAAAAGGAUUUAUAGAUAUGUGAAACGUUAUCCUUUUAUAGCCCAGCAAAUUCUGCUAGUUAGAAGGAAGGGCAUAUAUAGUAUUUGAUGCAGAGAUUUUGUUUUUAAUCAUGUUAUAGAAUUCCUUCCAAUCAAUUUUCUAGAAACGUAAGAACUUCUGUAACAAAAUCAACUGUAAGUGCUGUAUGGGUUUCUGAAUUUUUUUAUUGAAGAAUUAUUUUUCUGCAAACGUUUUAUUUUCAUAUGGAUCAACAGUCACUUUGAAAUAUGAAAGCUUUAAGGACCCACUGCGGGUCCUUAAAGUCUGGGGCGUAAGAAUAUGAUAUACUUUUUAUGUUCUUUAAAAAAAACAAAAAAAAAAAAACAAUGAAUACUUGAUGUUCUAAAUCUACUUUUUAAAGAGAACAUCAAAUAAUAAAAUGAUACUACAAUAUUUAACAUUCUAUUUAUUGUUAUAGAUAGUUAUUAAUGGUACAAACAGGUCAGAUUAUGAUGCCACAUAGGAGCAUGCCUAGGCCCCAGCCCUCUAAUCUGCCAUCUGAUUUGCAUCUCUCCUGAUCCACACAUUACUUUCCAGGGGUUGUGGACACAUGUGUAGAGGGCUUCCUGAUACCUGGCUAGUGGAGACCCAGGAGCCACCAACCAACCACCAGGUGUUCACCUUCAAGCUGUUAUCCCCAGUUCUCCAGGAGGGUCCUAGGGUCUCCUUGGUUUGUCCCCGCUUCUCCUAAUUGUGAUGUUCAUGAAGUUCCUUUAAACCCCUCUUAGUCUGACCUCUGCCCU